GACCUCCACUUGCCAGUAACUGCCGGGCACUGAGGGCGACGGUUGGUGCGGUCCUGGUGCGCGUUGCUUACUCUGCGUUUUCGCGUCCAGCUUGCACUCCAUAUUCUAAAGUGUAGUUUUCAUCUCUUUUUGGAUUAUUUUAUCUCUAUUUCGCAUACAUAAACAUAUUUGCAGUUGCGUUGGUCGUGAAGCGUGGGAGUUGAACAAUAUUAUGAACACCCGGAGAUAAUGAACAGCCUAGGAUUAUGGAUAGUCGCCUUCCUGAUAGCAGGAACGGCGUUAUCCGGCACGAAAGCAGCAUGUACCGACAGCGAGUUCAUGUGCGUGUCCGACCAAGAGUGCAUCAGCCUGGACUGGGUGUGUGACGACUUCCCCGACUGCGACGAUAGGAGUGACGAGGAACCCAAGUACGACUGCUCGAAUUUUAACCCAGAGGCUGCUAGCAAUUCCGCCGGCGUUCAACACCAACACUGACGAUGACGAUGUUUCGAGUCCCGUCGAUGAAACACCUGAGGAUGUCCCGGAGACCUCCAGUGGGGUCUCGCAAGAAGACAAGUGUGAAGAAGACGAGGAACCAGUGAUCCCUCCAGAGAAGUGUUCACUCAGCAAAUGCCGAAGUCGAGGCAAGAUGAAGUUCCUGGACGGUAGGACCUACAUCUACAAGUACCAGACCCAAACCACAACUCAGGUGGUAGGUUCAUCGCCCAAGAACACGACCAUAUCGAUGGAGGCGGAGCUUGCCCUCAACGUUCUCACCGCCUGCGAAAUGGAGCUUCUUGUGUCAGGUAUAACCAUCCUAACAAGCAAGAGCGACAGCCAGGGGGAGAUGGAGACGGUAAAUGACCCAGCUUUUACUGCGGCGCUCACCAAGAACCCGCUCAGGUUUUCGUACCAAGAUGGCGUCGUGGAGGAGGUGUGCCCCGCUUCUGACGAGGACCCGCGCGCUCUCAACUUCAAGCGCGCUGUCAUCUCCCUCCUGCAGAACUCCAUGCCCCGGCUUGACCUCGAUCACCACGCUGUCGAAGUCCCAUCCACGGUCGUACGGACUUGAAGUACGACCACCACAACCACAUUCACGUCGAGGGUCUGGACGCCAAGAACAUGAACGACUCGCAGCAGUGGACGGCUCGCUCGCACCUGAUCCUCGACCAGAUUGCGGAGAACAAGAAGACCGAAGGCGUGGCCACCAGCGCCCCUCGCCUGUUCAAGGAGCUCGUGCAGUCGCUUCGGCACCUCGACUUCGCUCAGCUGUGGGACAUCUCUGAGGAGCGUGCGUGGGGACCCGAGCGAGGUGUGUUCGACGACGCCCUUCCCAUGGUGGGCACGGGCGGGAGCGUGGGCGUGAUGAGGGACUUGAUGGAGGGCGGAAAAGUCAACGACAUCAUGACCAACACUUGGCUCACGUCCCUGUCAUUCAUUCCCAGACCCGACCUGGACACGAUCGAGAUGGCGGCGCCCUUGCUCGAGACGGAGGCCGUGCCCGCCGACGCCUUCCUGGGCGUGGGCGCGCUGGUUCACUCCUACUGUCGAGAUCACCCAGCCUGCAGUAGCGAGCCGCCCGUGCAGCGAGUCAUGGACGCCCUCCACGGCUUCUUGGAAGGAGCUUGCCACAGGGAGUCUUCCGAUGACAAGAUCCAGAUCCUGAUGGCGCUGAAGGGGCUGGAGAACGCAGGUCUGGCCGUGAGCGAGACCAUUCCGACGAGCCUGGACCAGUGCAUCCAAAGCGAGUCUAACGAGAACGAAAUCCGACUAGCUGCUAUCUCCGCUUUCAGGCGGUUCCCUUGUGGCAUCUCCCGCGAGCCAGUCCGCCACGUGUUCCUCGACCCCGUGAUGGACUCGGAGCUUCGAAUAGCCGCUUACUUGGAGCUGAUGCGCUGUAUCGACUACGCCACGGUGCAACUCGUCAAGCAUGUGUUGCUCCACGAAGAAGUCAAUCAAGUUGGCUCGUUCGUCUGGACACACGUGCUGAACAUGAAGGAGAGUGGGCUGCCUUCACGAGCUGAGGUGCAGGGACUCCUUUCCAACCAAGAGAUAGCCUCCAAGUUCAGCGCAGAUGUUCGCAAGUUUUCCCGUAACUUUGAGUGGUCUGGAUUUUACGAUGAUCUUAAUAUCGGAGCGCGAGUGGACGCCAACAACGUCUUCUCGCAGCAUUCGUACAUCCCUCGCUCGGCCACCUUCAACUUCACGACAGAUCUCUUCGGCCGUUCUCUCAACCUGCUCGAGUUCGGCGCCCGGGCAGAGGGCUGGGAACGCUACACUGACUCCAUCUAUCGGCAUUUCCAAGACUCAGACGAGCAACACAUCAGCAACCCGAAGAUUCGCAACAUGAUAGCCAUUUCGGGGAAGAAACAGGAAUAUUUCGGCAAAGCAGCUGAGUUGUCCCUCCACAUGAAGACCUUCGGCAACGAGAUCUACUACCGCCAUCUACACGGGAUGGACAAAAUCGUCGAAGCUUUUAAUGCUCUCAGUCCCAUUGAGAGAAUUAUUAGGCUUAAUCAAGGAGAGGCCAUCAACAUGCAGAAAUCGUGGCUGGCCUCCGAGUCGGCCUUCAUCAUCCCGACCACGGCUGGAGUGCCACUUAACCUCACCCUCACUGCCAGCAUCGCCCUCGACGUCCACGCCAGCGGAAAUCUGGAUAUCUUUGCCUUCGCCAAGACGGGGGAGGCGAGUAUUAGCGGUCAGCUCAAACCUAGCGUGGGGAUCGAAGUAGUGGGCUCCAUGCUGGUCGACGGCCACGCUGCUCAAUCCGGCGCCCAACUGGUGACUUCUCUCCACUCGUCCACCGUGGUCGAUGGGAGGUUUGACAUCGGCGGGUCAGAGUUCGUCCGGGUUGACAUCAACAUGCCCAGAGAGAAGGUCGAGAUCAUGAACUUCACCUCGAACCUGGUCCUCGUCCACGGCAGCGUCGAGGCGGGGGCGGAGGGUUCCAAGGAGAUCCUGGAGGGCGUAGCCAAUGACCGCGAGGAGCUGGCCGACUGCUCCGGCUACGAGCAACAGAUCGGGGCCAAACUGUGCUGGAGUCUGCAGUAUCCGAACGCUUCCCGGGUACCUGAGAGUCCUUUCUACCCGCUGACAGGACCUUCGAAGCUACAGGUGGUUCUGCAUAAGACCGACCCGACGCUCACUUCGUACCAGAUGCGCUAUACUUGGGAAAGGAGACCGCAUUAUCGCACAUUUUUGGUAUCCUUGAACACACCCGGGACAGCUAUAUCAAGAGAACACAGCAUCCGAUACAAUAUCAACUUCAGAUCGCAAAAUGUCUACCUGGACCUAAAUUCUCCACAUGCAAAUCUUUCAGCCAGAGGUCGUUACGUGUGGACGGACACGGACCAGCGGAUGGACUUGAGCGUUUCGGUGAACAACCACGAGACGGCGACCGUGGCUGCCGGCUUCACGCGUUACAGAAAGUCCGGGAGCAACGUCGUCACGCCCAUCUUCACUGUCACUUGGAAGGAACAGGAACUCGUCAAAGUGUCUGGAACAAUCGACCUUCGCGAGAAACGAGGAGCCCGCUUGUACGAGGUGGACAUGCAGGUGGCCUACCUCCUGCAGAACCGCCGCGGGAGCUGGGAACCUGAAACGGGGACGAUAAAGGGGUCCCUCAGCGAUAACGGCUUCGAGAGAAACGCUAAUCUGCAAGUGGAUUAUGUCCCCUCUGUCCGAGCGCCCGUGGAGAACAUCAUGAUCGAGUACCGCGUCGCCAACUCCUCCACCGUGUCAGACAGCAAGUUCGAGCGCCGUUGGAGGUUCUUCUUCUCGCAGUUCCCCAACAUUAACUUCAAGGGCGAGUGGUUCUUCAAGAGACAUUUCGGCUCCAUGGAAAACAAUUUACAAGUCAAUUUAGGAGAGAACUUUGAGAAUCCAGAAUACCGCGUGGACAUCUUCCAUCUGUUCACUUUCUAUCACUUGGAUAGCAGGACCACUUUCAACUCGACAUUUAACGUAAAGCAUCAGAGGAGCAACCUGGACUUCAAAAUAGGCGCAGACUGGUUCCACGACGAAUACGUUUUAAACACUGGCAUCAUCGUUCAAUAUGCAACAAACAAAGAGGUGGUGUCGCAGCUCCACCUGCGGAAGGAACCAACAGGAUUCCUCAGCGCAGAAGGCUACUGGUUCCUGCGGGUGCCAGGCUGGACGAACGUUGAGGUCAAGGGCGACGUGAAGGAACUCAGGAACAAGAUCUAUCAGUUCGACGGGGAGGUGCGCUACGGCCCGAACUGGGUCCUCGAGGUGGGGGGGCGCUACGGCGACCUCUCGACGCGCCUGCAGUCUCUCCACGACCUGCUCCUCGACGUCACGCUGCCCGGGCGGGGCCUCACGCAGAUCAACGCCACCUUCCACGCCAACGAGCGCCAGAUGAGUGUGGUCACGCACGUCUUGAUCAAUAAGACACACAAGUACGGCGUGAAGGCGUCCUAUGUCCACGGCGAGGAUGACCUGAGGGUGAGGGAGCACAGCGUCAACCUCGAGCUGUACCUUCCUGGGCGUCAGUACAAGCUUCAUACGGAAAUAUCCAUCGGGACCGUCAUCACCGUUGUCAAUGAUAUCCAUCUCGAUAGACACCGUGACAUCCAUAUGCGAGUGACGGCAGACGUUCUUCAGCCCAGGCAACGGGGGCUCAAAGCGCUUCUCAAGUGGGACGCUAACAGGGAUCCCAAUCAAAAGCUGGACAUCGAGGUCAGGUACGAGACACCGAGCGACAGGCAAGUGACGAUAUUGAUGGACAGCGUGCUUAGCUUCCUGGGCCAGCAAUACCGUGCUAACUGGAGAACCAAUAAGCUAUUACAGUACAUCGACCGCGACAUGAUAUGGGAACACAAAAACGAGGGAUCUCUCAGCUGGAUGGAACCGAACCGCCGUGUACAGGACAUCGCCACCAACUUCACCAUCAGGUUCCGGCGUGGAGAUACCGCAGAGUUGUACGGUAAAGUGGACAUCACGACGCCUUUCAUACACUGGAAGCAGAACUAUCUUGAAGUCAAAUACGCCCGCGACAUGGACCACAUCGAGAGCAGCCUCCGCUCGCGCUGGCACGACGGGGAGUUCCUCGACCUCCAGCUGCUGGCGAAGAAGACGAUCGACGCCUCCACCUUCAGGAUCGAGACCAAGCUGGACGUGAGCUCGUCCUUCGAGGGAUUGGUCAGCGCCAGCACCGGCAUCAGGCUUGAGAAGACGCCAGGGAUCAUCGAUACAAAUAUUUACAUACAGUGGGACACAGACAGACUGGAACUAGCUCUCGAGGGCAAGGAUGACAGCUAUUACGACCAGCUACGGUAUUCUGUCUUCGGCCAAGUCUUGACAACCAUCGAAGGCUACAGGGACAUGUCAACGGCCCUGGAUUUGGCCAUCCUUCCGUCGGCCAUCGACACCCACGCCAAGGCCAAGUGGGAGGGGCACGAGUAUAAGCUGCGUCUGACGGGGGAGGCCUACAGUGGUCUGGACUACCUACGAGGGAACCUGACUGUGACUUCCCUACAACAGGAGGAUUUUGUGAAAGCCAAUAUCAGGGUGUAUCACGACCCAGCUGAUGUCGAGGAAAAACUUUCGCUGGUCGUGAUGUGGCCCGGGCAGGAGGCUCGGGUGGAGGGCCAGGUGGCCACGCUCCCUCAGCACUUCAAAGCUGGGAUUCAAGUGGACACGACUUUCGAGGAGAUACGGCGGGCUGUCAUCGUGUUGGGCCAUUCGAAGGACCACAAUAUUAAGACGGAAGCCCGGGUCAAGUGGAACGACAAGGUUGACGCCGGCUUCGUCCUCCUGGGCCAGGUGACCUCGCUUUCGGACUUCCUGGUCAGCUGCACCAUCCUCACGCCCUUCCCGGGAUACGAGGUCAUUACAGGCGAGGUCAGGAACUUAUUUACGCUUGAUCCGGAGGUACGAGUCAAUCCGAGGAUCUAUGGCCAGAUCGGAGAGAGGAAGUAUGGCCUCGGCGCCCGCUACGAGCAAGGCCAGCUGCCCCGCCUGCGCAUCGCCUUCGAACUCUACACGCCCUUGCCAGAGCUGCACACAGUCGUCCUCGACCUCUGCGACAACACCACGGCCUCCGAGAUCAAGUACGACCUCACCAUGAAGUACGGCCCCACCAAGCAAGUCCGGCUCAGUCUGGAAACGGAGAGGAAGGGCAACGGGCUGCAGGGGCAGGCGACGGCGGUGCUGCCCCUUCAGUCGCUGGACGAACGGCUGAGCGACGCGACCCUGGAGGCGAUUGGCUCCAUCUUCUGGGAGCCGGCGGCCGAGCUCAACCUCACCUUCUCGUCCCAGACUGAUGUCACGACCAAGCUCUCUGUGAUCGGGAGCUUCCCUCGCGUCGACGCCGGGGAGCUGCAGGUGACGAUGGACACUCCCGUAGAAGGGUACGAGAACCUGGACUUCAUGUGCGAGUACCGCCUGCCGACCGUCGACGAGGAGGGCCACUUCAACGGCAGGCUCAGCACCACGAAGGGCGGCGUGUUCCAGUUCCAGGCCGGAGGCACCACGAGGGACCUCAGUGGAUCCUUCUCCUCGCCCUUUGAGCCCUUCCGGACUGGCAGCUUCAUGUGGAAGUUGACUGCCCUCGACGUCGUGAAGUCCCAUCUGGUGGCGAACUUCGGCUGGGGCGAGAAGGACAUCAAGCUCGACGCCACCAUCAAGUUCCAGGAGAAGUUCAUCCAAAUGUUCGACGGCACGCUGGAGACGCCGUGGGAGGACCUGGAGCGCUCUACGCUUCGCCUGGAGGGGAAGGCCCAGCAAGGCGGCUACAGGAACCAGCUGGUGUUGGAGGGCGCCGGGAGGGUCUACCAGGGCACGCUCUUCCUGAAGUACCAGAGUGAUGACGAGUGGGACGUCAGCGUCGAGGUGUCGCGCCAGUUCGGAUCCCAGCAGUCUCGGUACACCCUGCAGACGGGGCUCACCAACACGGGCCGCCAGCCCUUCAAGCUCACCUUCCACGUGACCACGCCGCACCAGGGCUUCCAGGAGGUCAAAUUCAACGUCGAGUUGAGACGACGAAUCCCGUACAAGCUGAAGCUGGGCUGGGGCACGGCCGUCGGUUCCGGGGACAUCGAGAUGACCUUCAGGAAGCUCUCCUUCAGCGAGGUUGAAGGAACGCUAUCCCUGACGAUGCCACAGGAACAGGGACCCGACAGGUUCUACACCCUUGAGCUUCAGCUGACCAACGGCUUCACGCAGGACACCAUCGACGUGACGUGCGCGCUCGACUUCAAGAGCAACCAGGAGUAUUGGGACCACCUGGUCGUGAAGGGUAUAGUACGACAGGUGACCUAUGACCCCGGCGAGCUGAGUCUGUACCUGCUGUGGCCGGGAGCUGACCCCAUCUCGUUCACGGCCGUCGGCGAGCACUACGACGACUUCCAGGUCAUCAAGCCCACCGUCACGCUCGAUCUCACCAGGUCGCGCUACAGCUUCGCGGGAGAGAUGCGCAAGAAGGGCAGCGAGCUGAACCUGACGGGGACCCUGGACUGGAAGCGCGGCUCGUCCGACCCCCAGAAGGUCGUGCUCCACUCGGGCUUCGUGUUCUCCGACAACGCCAUGGACGGGAAGGUCACCCUGGACCUCCCCAUGGUCAGCGGAUGGAACAAGAACCAAGCGGAUAUCCAUUACGAAACGCGCGAAGGACGACACUGGUUCACCGUGAACAUGGAAACCGGUCCAGAAGUGACCAAUAUCAAGGGUAACAUGUUGGCUAACGGGUUCCCGGCUGGAGAUGGGGAGAUCACCGUUGCGUCAUCUCUCAAGUGGGACAAGCAGCCACUGACGCUCAACUUUAAGCAAGAACUGACAGAGGGUGGUUACGAGGGCGAUUACCAUCUGGAGUGGCCCUACAAGCACAACUCGACGACGCCCUGGGAGCGCCGCCCCGUCCACGCCUCUCUCAAGCACAACUUCUUAGAGUCUGGGCACCGCGGGGCACUCCAAGUCACAGGGUCCUUCACGAUGGACAAGCCUGUGCAGAUCAGCUAUGAGUUCAAGUUCCCUUCGAGCGGCGACGUGCGGGUGGUGAUGGGCGUGUCCUUCGGCGUCCUCGUCAUGAGCGUGAAAGCCGACCGCGUGUCCGUGGUGCUGGGCGACGGCAUCCUGAAGCAGAGGACGGCGCUCGAGUUCGACAACAUCCUGUGGCCCUUCGGCAUCUCGUCGACGAAGGAGACCAACCAGAAGUCAGACACCGAACGAGAGAGAGUGACAACACUGGAGUUAUAUGAUUUGCAGAACGAUGAAAGUAGAGUUUGCGUUUCCUUUGCCCAUAACUCUGCUCAGUCAGGGAGACAAUUCUCUGUCAAAGGUAAUGCCCUCGGCCGGGAGAUCGUCUUGGCCGCGGGAUAUGUGCUGACGUCAAGGAACUUCAGCAUGGACUUCCUCCUUUCGUGGUCUGAGCAGGAGAGGAUCGAGUUCAACAUCGUCUGGGAGGAUAUGUCGAGGGGAUUCACCAAAGAGCACAAGCUGAAGGGCAAGUUCUCGCAGCCCUACCGCACUGUCCUCCUCGACGGCUCCUACAAGAGGUCAAGGAAGAACAUUGACGCUUUCGUGAAAUUCAACUGGGACGGUGACAGCCCAAGCGGCGAGGAAGAGAUCUCGGGUCGGCUGCAGUGGGCGGACGAGAGCCUCAGCCCCAACCGUCUUCACAAGGCCUUCGUUAGCUUCUCUCACCCUCUCUUGGAGGAGGACAUCAAACUGAGCGCCGAGCUACGACAGAACAUCCGGGAACUCUUGGCCUUCAUCAUGAAGUUCGAAUAUUCUCCCGAAGAGCAUCAUGACGUCAUCGGGGAACUGUUCGUCACCAGGGACACAACACACGAAGGCGCAGCGCUCUUCAGUACCAAGGCGUCCCUCGAGCACCAGGCCUCGCAAUUAGAGCUUCGGACCAACGGCUCGCUGACCCUGGGCGGAGGCAAGUACGCCCUCCUUCAGAACUUCCUCUACACCAACAUCACCGGCCACGACCAGACAGCCAAGCUCCUGGCCGCCCUCGAUCGCAUGCAGAAGACCGUGCAUGCUUCGCUGGAGACGUGGAAGAAACUCGUAGACAUCCACGUAGAGGUGGAGGAGGACCCGAACGGCCGGUGGACAGUGGUCGCGACGGGAGUGCCAAACCAGAAGGUGCCACUCCUGACGCACCUGGAGAUGUCGUCGGCCCACCCCGUCCUCACCAUAACCUUCGAUAACCUGCUCUCCAACGACACCGUCUAUGACACGUCCUUCCCUAGGUACAUCGCAGAACAGGUCGUUCUCGAGGGCGGCGUGGAGGACCUCCGUCACGCCAGGUUCUCCAUGAGGCACAGGAACCCGACGUGGCUGAGUGAGGGCGAGGUCCCCAGGCCGCUGUGGGAGACGGACGCUGACUUCUCCUUCAAGCUGAACCACUCGCGCCUCCUAACGUCGCACCUGGUGUGGAGGACGGAACUCGUGGAGGAAGUUAUGAGCGAGGUGGGUGAGCUGAUCGGCGCCUCCUACGACCUACGGCUCAGCGUGGAGGACUGGCUGAAGAUGUCGGCGCAGAAGGCGGGGGAGGAAGCCCUGAAGCGAGCUGAGCCUAUCCUGCAGGACGUGGCAUCCGUUUUCAAGCCCCUUAUUGUUGAUUUCAAAAACGAAUCGCGGGAGUUCCUGGACGACCUGUGGCUGCUCUACUCCAACAUCAACAGGACGACCAUGGAGCUGAGAUACCAGCAGUCGCUCACCUUCAUCUUCAACAAAGUCAUGGACACUUUGGAGAGCGUCAAAGCGUUCAAGAACCUUCGCCAGAGGCUGGAAGGAGGGGCGCUCAGGGGUCAGGUCAAAACUCUGGUCGAGAAGAUACGCAGCAUCUACGAGCAUGUCUUUAACUCGGAUCCAUCCGGGCCUGGUUUGAUGUCCAAACUGAAGUCCCUUUUUUCAACUUUCGCCCACAUGUACGACCAGUUCGCCAAGCGCCUGUACCUCCGCGCGAGUCGGGCCGUGCAGGGCUUCACAGACCGCGUCGCCGAGUGGCUCAAGCGCAAGUGGCAGGCGGUCUACGACAACUACAAGCCUCACAUCCUUCGCACGUUCGACAACGUGGAAACUCAGGCUUGGAUCUUCGCGGAGAAUCUUAUGGACUGGCUCCAGAAAGUCGGGCUUGAGGUCAAGUCAUCCGCCUACUACCAGAAGAUCGCCGAGAUCGUGACGUACGUGGAGGGCAUCUACAAGGACUUCACCGAGAAAUCCAAGCGGGAGAACCUGGAGAAGUACUACACCAUGUUCGUCGAGAAGAUGAAGAGCGGGUUCAAGAUGCUCGUCGACGGAGUUGCUCCUUUCAUGCAAGACUGGAUCGACGAGUUGCAGACGGCUUGGGCUAAACUCUUGCAAUAUAACCAGAUUGCAAGAAUGAAGGAUGCUGUUCUUGCUGCCAUUGAUAAGGUGGUGUGGACUGUCCGCUACGCUGACAUCCGAGGCCACCUGAUUGAUGCUGCGGCCUUCAUCUUGGAGCACGGGCACACCAUCGUCUCGCAGACCAGCAUCCAGGCGUCGCAGAAACACAUCGUCGCCAAGACAAACUUCCUGUUCACUCCGUCCCAAGGGAAAGUGUUAUUGGUUCAGAAAUUACCUGUUGACUGGCACGCCUUCAACGUCAAGCCAAACUGGAGGGACUUGCCAGAGUACAAGAACAUCCAGUGGGUGAGGGACACCUUCUUCUCCACCUCCAACACGACCAUUCUGGAUAAAUUCUACAAGUACUGGAACCUCAAUUUCAACCCUGUGACUUGGAUUCCGCCAUUCCCCGCGACCGGCUACAUGAUCGGCGAGCAGCACUUCAUGACCUUCGACGGCCACCACCUGGAGUUCAAGGGCCGGUGUCAGCACCUCCUGGUGGCCGACAUGGUGAGCGGGGAGUACGCGGUGGCGGUCAACUACCACAGCCACUCCUCCAGGACAAUUAUCGUUUACAUCGGAGGCUCCGAGAUCGAGCUGGCGACCGACUUCAGGGUGACAGUGGACAGACAGCCCACGGAGCUGCCGGUGAGUGUGGAGGGCGCCACGGUGGACCGCUGGCUGCACAAAAUCGAGUUGCGCACGGACCACGGACUGCGCAUCAACUGGAACCUGGCGCACGACGUACUCGCCAUCAGCCUGUCCGGCACCUCCUUCGACAAGACGGGCGGCCUCCUGGGGGUCUACAACAACGAGCCGAUGGACGACCAGCAGCUCCCCGACGGAACGCAGACGGCAGUCGCUCACGUCCUGGCGCAGGGCUGGGACGUCAGCAGAGGCGCCUGUCAGUCCGGAGGGAACCUGGCCGUGGGAGCCUCCAAGGUCGACGUGGACACCUGCCAGCACCUGUUCCAGUCGAAGGCCUCGCCCUUCAAACACUGCUUCUUCCAGGUGGAUCCAACGCCAUAUCUCCACAUGUGCAUGGUGGAUUACCGGAGCGAGGACCGGGACACUUGCACGGCUGCAACGGCCUACAUGGAGGCGUGCUCCAGGAACAACAUCCCGGUCAAGAUCCCGGUGUUCUGCGUAGAGUGUGUGUACGAGACCGACGACGGCGAAACCCACACCCUGGAGGAGGGCACGUCGACGAUGCUGGAGGUCGACGACAUCCUCAAGUCGACGGACGUGGUGCUCCUGGUGGAGGACAGCGCGUGCAACCAGGGCUUCGCCUCCAAGAAGCCCCUGAACCGUUUCGAGAGCUUCAUCAACGCCAUGGACGAGGAGCUGGCGAAGAACGGUCUCCGGGAUGUGAGAUACGCCAUGGUUCUGUACGGAGGGGAAGGCCUCCACGCGCAGCCGUCCAUCGCCACCGUCGACAACCAGAUCUUCACGGACGCCACCAACAUCCACAGGGCUCUCGAUCGGGUGGAGUUCGCUGAGGAAACCGACACGGAGGGCUACUGGCGGUCGGAUGCGUUCGAAGCCUUCAACUUUGCCGCUGACCUGUCCUUCCGUGCCGGCGUGGGCGUGACCUUCGUGCUGUUCCCGUGUAGGUCGUGCAAACCCAGCAUCCCCUCGAUGGACUACAGCACCAUGUACCACAUCCUCCUGGAAUAUUCCAUAACACUCCACGUCUUUAACGAUGAGCUCUUCGAUAUUCCAAAAGCCAAGGAGAGGAGCAAGCUGUACGGCAUGGACAGAGACAACGCCUACACCGUCAAGGACUCCAAGAGGACCUUCACCGGCGACCAAGCCCUUCGAAGGCAGCUCACGACUCCCAAGGAUGACCUCGGCUACUGCGCCCCCUUGGCUCUGGAGACUGGAGGCUCGAUCUUCACCAUGUCACCCAUCAAGCAAGCGAAGAAGAGGCUGAAGAAGCAGAUCGAGAAGGUGGCCAUCGUCUUCGGGAGGCGCGUGGCCAAGACGGCGAAGCCCCAGAGCCGGAAGAGGUGCGUCUGCGUCCCGAGCACAGCCGACGGCGCCGCGAGCGUGCAGUGCGACAACUGGGAUAGCGGUCAGCUGUCCAUUCUUGCCAUGUACGGCAACCUGACAGACAUGCAGCCUGACUUCGAGACGAACCUGGACGAGGUCGGGACGUGUCAGCGGCGGGACAGCCAGGGAGUCUGCGUGCAAAGAAUAGAGAACUGAACGAUAAAGGACACUGUUUUGUCUUGGGCACAAUAGGACUAAGAUUUUUUUUUUCUUUUUAGAAUGUAAGUUUUAUUUUUUGGCAGGUGGCCUUAUUGAGGCAUUGAUAGAUAGUUUGGUAUAGAGUAAGGAUAUAUGCCUAUAGCUUCGUGGUACAGGAUUAAAUUGUGGAAUAAAGUGACAUACACGUGUAAGAACGAGCUAAUUAAUACACUCACACUCACACUCACUCUUGCGUUCACUCUUGCA